AUGGACCUAUUCGGACCUCUGCCUGAAUCGGAAACUGUUGAGAAAUGGAUCUUUCUGAUUGAAGAUAUUGCAAGCCGAUGGGUAAAGAUAUUUCCCAUAGUUGAAGCUACUGCUGAAGCUUGCGACAAAAUUUUAAUUGAAGACAUUUUUCUCCGAUAUGGACUAUCCUGUCGUAUUAUCUCUGAUAAUGGUACUCAGUUCGUUUCGGCUGUCAUGCAAAAAUCUCUUCAUAUACUUGGUAUUAGUCAAGGUCUGACUCCUGUUUAUCAUCCUCAAGCCAAUCCUGCAGAGAGGAAAAACACGGAUAUGAAAGUCACGCUCACUAUACUGAUUAAUAGUAAUUAA